CAGGGCACAACAACAGAAAUGGCGGCCGCUACACGGUUUCUAAUCCGAGGUGCAAACUCGAAAGUUGCAGUCGCCAGUGUAAGUAGUGGGGCCCGGAGCUCCUUCGGGGCCACUUUGUUGAAGUUAUGGCCGAGCUGCAGCUCUCAUUCACGGAUACAGCGGAGACACGCAACUCACUUCACCUUCCAUCCUGACCCCGUCCCGACCCAGUAUGGCUCAACUCAGAAGAUGAACUUGUUCCAGUCCAUAACCAGUGCCUUGGACAACACACUUGCCAAUGACCCCACAGCAGUCAUUUUCGGGGAGGAUGUGGCCUUUGGAGGAGUAUUCCGAUGCACAGUGGGACUUAGAGACAAAUAUGGUAAAGACAGAGUCUUCAACACCCCUCUAUGUGAGCAAGGUAUUGUGGGAUUUGGUAUCGGUGCAGCUGUCGCUGGUGCCACAGCCAUUGCCGAGAUCCAGUUUGCUGACUAUAUCUACCCUGCAUUUGACCAGAUUGUAAAUGAAGCAGCCAAGUACCGCUAUCGCUCUGGCAACCUAUUCGACUGCGGCAACCUCACCAUUCGGGCACCGUGGGGGUGUGUUGGCCAUGGAUCACUUUAUCACUCUCAGAGCCCUGAAGCCUUCUUUGCCCAUUGUCCAGGCAUCAAGAUUGUAAUACCCCGAGGACCAGUGCAGGCAAAGGGACUCCUCCUCUCUUGUAUAGCUGAUAGGAAUCCCUGUAUAUUCUUUGAGCCCAAGAUCCUUUACAGAGCAGCAGUGGAGCAGGUUCCCGUGGAGCCCUACACCAUCCCACUCUCGCAAGCAGAUAUCCUGCAGGAAGGAAGCGACGUCACUUUAGUGGCUUGGGGAACACAGAUCCAUGUAAUGCUGGAGGUUGCGAAGAUGGUUCAGGAGAAACUAGGCGUGUCCUGUGAGGUUAUCGAUCUACAGACCAUCCUGCCCUGGGAUACUGAAACUGUUUGCAAGUCCGUGGUGAAAACUGGGCGUUUGCUCGUCAGUCAUGAGGCACCAGUCACAGGUGGAUUUGCUGCUGAGAUCAGCUCAACAGUGCAGGAGGAGUGCUUCCUCAACUUGGAGGCUCCCAUCUCCAGGGUUUGUGGUUAUGACACUCCAUUCCCUCACAUUUUCGAGCCCUUCUACAUCCCAGACAAGUGGAAGUGCUUUGAAGCUGUCAGGAGGAUGAUCAGCUACUGAACUGGUCAGGGCCAGCUACUGUUCCUCAACUUGGAGUCCUGAGCUCUCCCUUCCCCUCUACAUUUAUCCAGUCGAUGGACAGCAGCCAGGAAAAGACACUUUGUCAACCAUCUAAUCAGGAAUCAGAAUCCAGAUGUUUUUAUGUCCCUCUACACUCACCAGCUAUAGACUGUUACCUCUGGAUUAGGGAACUUUUCCUUUUGAUGGAAAAAUAGAUGACCUCUUGGUCUGUUCUAGCUAUUGUCGAGCUAACGCAUAUCAUUUCCACAUAAACUAAAGCUGAAAUCUCCAUUUUCACUGUUAUUACAGGGGCCCUGUCAGGAUAGUUUUUUAGGGAGUGGUUCUUUAUCUGGUGCGAGGGUCUAAGGACAGGAUGUUGUGUUGCUGUAAAGCCCACUGAGGCAGAUUUGUAAUUUGUGAUAUUGGGCUAUGAAAAUAAAAUUAGCUUGACUUGAUAGUUGGUUGAAUGUGUGUCUCCCUGCCUGUCAUCGCUGUUACUCAUGAUGAGAUGGGUCGUCACCUUUCUAAUCUUUAUUUCGUCUGAUGUGAACUUAAUCAUGUUAAAAUGUUCAAGACUUUAUCAAAAUAACUAGACUGUGGUUUUCAAGGAAAAUAAAGCUAUAAUGUGAAU